AUGCCGCCCGACGCCCAAAGUCAAGCUGCCCAGGGCGGCCGCAGGAGGACAGGCGUGGGGCGCGGAGCCCACCCAAGGCCCGUGGGCUUCCUCCACACCCGCACGACCGCCCAGGCAGCAUUUCGGCGCCCCUGGAGACCCCCGCCUGUCCUGACGACCCACCAGGGAGGCGCUACUGAGCUCCACGCCCCCGGCCACGGCGGCCCGGACCCCAGGAUCGGCGGCAAGGGGAAGCCACCUCCUCGGGCCAGAGCGAAGCCCUGCGGACUCGCCCGGGCGAGCUCACCCGGCCGCCGCCGCAGCCGCCGCCGCGAUCCGGCUGGGCUCCAGGGGCCGCUAACGGUCCAGCGCCCCUCGGCGUCUGCGCGCCCGCCCGGCGCCCUCAGCCCAGCCGACCCGGCGGCGCCCUGGGCGCUGGGCGCGAUGGGGGCCGCGGAGCCGCUGCGCUCGGUGCUGUGGGUGAAGCAGCAGCGCUGCGCAGUGAGCCUGGACCCCGCGCGGGCGCUGCUGCGUUGGUGGCGGAGCCCGGGGCCCGAAGCCGGCGCCCCCGGCGCGGAUGCCUGCUCUGUGCCUAUUUCCGAGAUCAUCACCGUUGAAGAAACAGACAUUAAUGGGAAACACUACACCAGUGGAAAAUGGCAGAAAAUGGAAAAGCCUUAUGCUUUCACAGUGCAUCGUGUGAGGAGGGCCCGGCGGCACCGCUGGAGGUGGGCGCAGGUGACCUUCUGGUGUCCUGAGGAGCAGCUGUGCCACCUGUGGUUGCAGACCCUCAGGGAGCUACUGGAGAAGCUGACAUCUAGACCAAAGCACUUACUGGUGUUCAUCAAUCCGUUUGGAGGGAAAGGACAAGGCAAGCGGAUCUAUGAGAGAAAAGUGGCGCCGUUGUUUACACUGGCCUCCAUCACCACCGAGAUCAUUGUUACUGAGCAUGCUAAUCAUGCCAAGGAGAGUUUAUAUGAGCUCAACAUAGACAAAUAUGACGGCGUCGUCUGUGUGGGCGGAGACGGCAUGUUCAGCGAGGUCCUGCACGGCCUGGUGGGCAGGACGCAGAGGGACGCCGGCGUGGACCAGGACCAGCCCCGGGCGGCGCUCGUGCCCAGCCCGCUGAGGAUCGGUAUCAUCCCUGCGGGGUCGACAGACUGUGUGUGUUACUCAACGGUUGGCACGAACGACGCGGAGACCUCGGCUCUGCACAUCGUCGUGGGGGACUCGCUGGCCAUGGACGUGUCCUCUGUGCAUCACAACAGCACGCUGCUGCGGUACUCGGUGUCCCUGCUGGGCUACGGCUUCUACGGGGACAUCAUCAAGGACAGCGAGAGGAAGCGGUGGAUGGGUCUCGUCAGAUACGACUUCUCAGGUUUGAAGACCUUCCUCUCCCAUCACUGCUACGAAGGGACAGUGUCCUUCCUGCCAGCACAGCACACGGUGGGCUCCCCGAGGGACAGGAAACCCUGCCGGGCGGGGUGCUUCGUCUGCAGGCAGAGCAAGCAGCAGCUGGAGGCCGAGCAGAGAAGGUCGCUGUACGGCUUGGAGAGCACCGAGGAGGUGGAAGAGUGGAAGGUCGUCUGCGGGCAGUUCCUGGCCAUCAACGCCACCAACAUGUCCUGUGCUUGUCCCCGGAGCCCCCAGGGGCUCUCCCCGGCCGCCCACCUGGGAGACGGGUCUUCCGACCUCAUCCUCAUCCGGAAGUGCUCCCGGUUCAACUUCCUGAGGUUUCUCGUCAGGCACACCAACCAGGGCGACCAGUUUGACUUCACUUUCGUUGAAGUCUAUCGCGUCAAGAAGUUCCAGUUUGUGCCGAAGCCUGCGGAGGACGAGGACGGCAGCGUCCGGGGCCGCGGGAAGAAGCGGUUGGGGCAGCUGUGCAGCGACCGCCCCCCGUGCUGCUGCGCCGUCUCCAGCAGCGCCUGGAACUGCGACGGGGAGGUUCUGAGCAGCCCUGCCAUUGAGGUCAGGGUGCACUGCCAGCUGGUCCGGCUCUUUGCACGAGGAAUCGAAGAGAACUCGAAGCAGGAGUCACAGCGCUGAGACGCCGUCUCGCAUCGCCGGCCUUCUUGCUGUGCUUGGGAAGUGGGAACAGUAUUUAAGAAAAUUACUACAGACCAAUUACGUUGAUACGCAUUCAAACUUAGAAAUUUAUUUUUGAUAGUUAAAUGUUGAUUUUAGAAAAAAUACCUUUUGUCAACAAUUUUGUGGACGUAUUUGGCAUUUUCAGUUCUAUGUGAGUCUUUGGGUUGCGUUUCACGUAACUUAUCCUCAGCAAGUGGCGCUUGCUGAUUUGGGAGUGCUUGGCUUCUUAGAUUUCAACCAUGCUGAUGGUGCAGAUGUUAAAACGGCCCAUUUGUGGCUCUGUCGCAAUAACUGUAGGAACAACGCGAUGUGAACGUGUUCCAUCGAGGUCACGCCACCAGGACACGAGUGUCUACAGGGUCACCGAUCUGCUUGGCAAGACUUACCCUGUAGUAGCUUGUGAUCAAGUUUUGGAAAGUAGUUGGUUCUCUUUGCCUUUGUAGUACCUGCAUCUUAACUUGCGAUUAAGACGUUAUUACUGGACCCUUUCUGUCCCGUGCAACUACAAUGCAAUAUCACAGUCCUGCUCGAAGUGACACUUCCAUAGUAGCCCGUUCUAGUGAGUGAGAAGAACACUCAGAGUAACGAUACUGUAGCUUGAAAAAUCACAGUAGUGUUUCUAGACAAUCCAGCUGGGAGCGAGAACAAGUCAGGAGCUCUGGAAACGGGCAGCUUGCAAAGCACUCGAAAGGGUUUUACUCUUUUAAAUUUGGAAUCCCCGAGCUUUCUAUCCGCACAGCGGGGGUGCCAUAGCUGGGCUUUGUGGGGAGACGGAAAGCAGCCGAGCGGGGUGGGUGAGACAUUCCUGCGCGAACUGUGUGAACUCCAGACCGAGCUCCCCACCCCCAGGGGAGGGUCCCACGCCCCGGGGUCCCUUGGCUGUACCACGUGGUCCAGGUUUGUUCCUUUCUUAUUUUCACACUUAUUUCUAUAUAUUUAUUGAAAGUUCUGGCCUUUCAACCAGAAGAGGAUAAACGGUGCCCUCACUGUCUGUUUUCGUUUGUUUCUGCUCAAGUGCUGGGGCCUCCCCGGGCCCAGGGGCGCCCCUCGCCUGGGCCUUGUUUUGUUUGUGUUCGUGCUUCGGUGUGUGGAAGACGCAUCUACAACAGCUUUAGCUGAAACGUGAGCGGCUGCAGCUUCACCUUGGAUUUGUGAAGAGGGAGUCUGUUACGAGAGGCGGUGGGAGCGGCCGCCGCCUUUCACGCAGGGUCCGGGCAGCCGCUUUAGCAUCUAACAGACAUCGUUUAUCUUUGGAAUUCCUUUGCGGUGAUUUCUAUUUGGAAGUACACGUGAAAUGUCCUAUUUCACCAUUCAGUCCCGCCCAGAGCAGAUGAAAGGGCAGCCUCAACAGUGGAUUUUUAGGAGACCAUGUUAUUAAGUGAUUGUGCAAGUUGAAUGAUUUGAUAACUGGCGGGUGAGUGAAAAGUCUGGGGAUGAGAAAGAAAGAGAUGCCGCCGUCUUGUUGAUGCUUGCCCUUGGUGGGGAGGAGACCAAAGGUGCACGAGCUCUGCGCGGGGGACCGUGAGCACCGUGGACGCGCCGUGGAAUUGAUUGCGCUGCUUCACCAGGGUCCCCGAGAGGGUCUCCAGUCUUCAUCGUCCCUGGGGAAUGCUUCCAAUCACUGGCCUGCCCUGAAAUGCACUGCCAAUUGGAGAAAAACCGUCCAGGCCAGAGAGUAAGCAUUUUACGUUCAGGAAGAAACCCCGCCACGCCACAUGGUUCCUGCGUGCCUUGGCGAUAUUCACCGACUGCUUGCUGACAUUCAAAAUCGCAGACCUUGGAACUGCCCCUGGAGGUUGUGUGGCUGUCUGAGGACCGCCCCGCCCCACCCCGGGAGCUGUGGAUGACCCCGUCACGGGGCCGGAGUACCCUUCAGACCUUGCGGCACGUGAGGACCCUGAGCGGAGCGACCCCAGCGCCAAUACUGCAGGAUUUUAAGAAAAAAUCAGAACUGAUGGCUGGACAGUGAAAACCUGGGGUCGCUGAGAAGCGUUAGUCUAGGUUGCUAACCUCCUGUGUGGCCUGUUGGUGCAGCAGUUACGCCCGGACCUUCCUCCUGGUCAUCCUGAUGCCGAGCGAGGGCGGCGCGUGCCUGCCCCUGGGCGGGCGGCUGACUCUGUCCUUACUGCAGUCCCGGGUAACUGGGCGGUGUGGGCAGAAAGGGGCUUAAUUUUCUUUCUAGUCUUGCUGGCUUCAAGAUUAGAAAAUGGUGAAUUUGCUCUGGUAUGUUUGAGAAGACAAAUAAAGUUGUUACUUUGGGCAGAACGUAGCUUCUUUUUUCUCUUACGAGUUUCCUAUUGUUUUUCAAAGCAGAGGAGUAUUUUUUGUGAAAACACGUACAAUUUAAAGAACAAGAGUAAAAUGAACGGUGGGGUACCUACCACCCAUGCCAAGAAAUUGAACUUCACCCCCAAGCUCCCUGUGUGCCCUUGUGGACUGAGCCUCCCCUGCCUCCACCGAAGAGCUAACUAACUCCUGUUUCAAAACUUGAGGGUAUCAUUUCCUUGCUUUACCCAUGAGAGGGGAUCAGAAGG